AUGGAUUCGAUGGAAGAUUUCAACGGUGGAUUCGAUGGAAGAUUUCAACAGUGUAUUCGAUGGAAGAUUUCAACGGCGGAUUCGAUGGAAGAUUCAACAGUGUAUUCGAUGGAAGAUUCAACGGUGGAUUCGAUGGAAGAUUCAACGGUGGAUUCGAUGGAAGAUUUCAACAGUGUAUUUGAUGGAAGAUUCAACAGCGGAUUCGAUGGAAGAUUUCAACAGCAGAUUUGA